UAAGGAAAAGCAAAAAAAUUGUCGACCCUUUUGAGAGGAGAAAGCUCAGUUGCAACUAAACCACAACCACCAUCCAACGGUUAGAGAGAGAGCGCCGGACGGUUUCUCCGGCAUUUUGCCCGUUUUGGAAGCAAACGACGACGUCGACUUACACCAGUUGCUUCAGAUCUGUUCUUGCUCCUAUAUAUGACGACAACUUUCUAGAGAAGGAAUGUAAGGUUCGUACUUCCAUUUCAGUUCUGAAAUCUAUUCCCCUGUAAAAUGGUGCUUGAGGGGCCCUUAACACCUGGACAGGUGUCCUUUUUGCUUGGAUGUAUCCCAACUAUUGUUGCAUGGAUAUAUUCUGAAUUUUUGGAGUACAGGAAAUAUGCAUCGCCAUCAAAAGUUCAUUCAGACACUAAUCUGGUUGAACUGGAAAAGGAGGCUAUCAAAGAAGAUGAUCGGACAGUUUUACUGGAAGGAGGGCUUACAAAAUCAUCUUCCAUGAAGUCACAUACUUCCUCUAUAAGGAGUAACUUGUUUAGGUUCUUGACCAUGGAAGACUCUUUCCUGCUAGAAAAUCGAGCAACUCUGAGAGCAAUGUCCGAGUUCACAGCAAUUCUGGUUUAUUUUUAUAUUUGUGACCGUACAGAUUAUGUGCCUCAAUCUACAAAGAACUACAACCGGGACCUAUUCCUUUUUCUCUACCUUCUUCUUAUCAUAGUCUCAGCAAUGACAUCUCUGAAGAAGCAUCAUGACAAGUCACCAUUUUCUGGAAAAGCCUUACUUUACCUCAACCGGCAUCAAACAGAAGAGUGGAAAGGUUGGAUGCAGGUACUGUUUUUAAUGUAUCAUUAUUUUGCUGCCACUGAGAUAUACAACGCAAUUCGUGUUUUUAUUGCUGCAUAUGUCUGGAUGACUGGAUUUGGAAACUUUUCCUACUAUUAUAUACGCAAGGAUUUUAGCAUUCCUAGAUUUGCUCAGAUGAUGUGGCGGCUUAACUUUUUUGUGGCUUUUUGUUGUAUUGUUCUCAACAAUGAUUAUAUGCUUUAUUAUAUUUGUCCCAUGCACACGCUUUUCACUCUUAUGGUGUAUGGAGUUCUUGGCAUUUUCAACAAGUAUAAUGAAAGCAAAACUGUGAUGGCUCUGAAGAUACUCUCAUGCUUUCUUGUGGUUAUUGCAAUCUGGGAAGUACCUGGGAUCUUUGACAUCAUAUGGAGCCCUUUCAGAUUUUUUCUUGGGUAUAAUGAUCCUGCAAAACCAGAUCUUCCUCGUCUGCAUGAAUGGCAUUUCCGAUCGGGGCUAGAUCGCUACAUAUGGAUCGUUGGAAUGAUAUACGCUUAUUUUCACCCCAAUGUUGAGAAAUGGAUGGAGAAACUAGAGGAAUCAGAAACCAAAAGGAGGCGGACAAUCAAGACAGCCAUUUUGGCAACAUCUUUAUUAGUUGGAUACUUGUGGUUUGAGUACAUCUACAAGCUGGAUAAGGCGACUUAUAACAAAUAUCAUCCUUACACCUCAUGGAUUCCAAUAAGUGUUUACAUUUGCUUGCGGAAUUUCACCCAGGAGCUUCGAAAUUUCUCCUUAACUCUAUUUGCGUGGUUGGGCAAGAUUACUUUGGAGACUUACAUUUCCCAAUUCCAUAUCUGGCUGAGAUCUAACAUGCCUAAUGGACAACCAAAGUGGCUUCUAUCAUUCAUUCCAGAAUAUCCCUUGCUUAACUUCAUGCUCACAACUGCCAUUUAUAUUUUGGUAUCUCAUCGGCUCUUUGAACUAACCAACACUCUCAAGACAGUUUUUGUACCCUCAAGAGACAACAAACGUUUAUUUCAUAAUUUUAUUGCUGGGGUUGCAAUUUCACUAUCUCUGUAUUGCAUCUCCUUUAUUCUUCUUCAGAUCCGCCAUUGAAUGACAAAAGUUAAAGGCAAAUGUGAAAAGAAGAGUUGCAGGCAAGUGUAGAUGAUGAUGGAUGGAUGGUUGUGUAUUGAGGGCAUUCAUGAUCAGGAAAUUGACACUCAAUUAUCCAUGGAGCUUGACCAAAUUAAAUACAAAAUGCUGAUAUCUGCUUGCUAAAUAACAGUAAAAGUUAGUUUAUGUAUUUUUCUUUCUUUUGAUGCCCCAUUUUUGAGUGAAUCUCCCUUAUCCCUCGAUGAGGACGGUAGGAGAAUGUAGAAGAAUACCGGUUAACAGCAACUGUUCAAAUUCUUUUUUUUUCAGAAUUGUAAUCU